AGUCUUGCAGGACCUCAGCACCCAUGUGGCCAAGGUGCUGGGCUCCUGCGGACACUUCUACGCCGUGGAGUACCUCUCGGCCGGCCACGCCUGGGACCAGAACAUCUUCUCGCUGGAGGGGGUGGAGGUCUCCGGGGCGCGGGCCAGGUGGAGCUCCAGGGAGAAGGUGCAGCGCAUCGCGCUGAGCUUCCUGGACAUGGUGCGCCACUUCGACCACGACUUUGCCCACAAGCUGCACCUCUGCGACAUCAAGCCGGAGAACUUCGCCAUCAGGAAGGACCUGACGGUGGUUGCCAUAGACGUGGACAUGGCGUUCUUCGAGCCCAAGAUGAGGGACAUUCUGGACCAGAACUGCAGCAGCGAUGACGACUGCAACUUCUUCGACUGCUCGUCCCGCUGCGACCGGGACAGACGGAGGUGCAGCGCGGUGCGCAGGAACAGCAACCUGCAGGUGAUCUGUGAGAAGAUCUUCCGGCCCUGGUUUUCUCCGACUCUCCUCGGGUCGAAGGCCGGUCUCCCUCUGCAGGUGGAGCUGCAGCGGGCGGUGCAGGAGUGCUCUGAGACGGAGGGUGGAGGCGUAGAGGAAGACGGAGGAGGAGAGGCGGGGGGCCGAGGUCAUAGCGUCCACCUGCGCCUCCUCAGCGUCCUGACCCGCCUCCUCCGGGAGGGAGGGGCCUCAAGGGAGGAAGGCGGGGCCAGGGAGGAGAAGGGCCACACAGCGCUGAACUUCUGAGAACUGAACUGAACCACCUGGUUUGAGUCCUCAGCGAGAUGUUUUCCAUCCAACGGGUCAUUUGUGGUUCCUCUUCAGGAUCGUUUUUGACCUCCCAUGAAGUAUAAAUCUGUCCUGUGAGGCUCCACAGGAGGGAAAGACACUCCGUCCAGCAGCUUCAGGGUGACCGGGACCGUGGACCCUCUCUGCUGUCUGGUUCAACCUCUGGAGAGAAGGACUGACCACCAGCAAAUACUAGACCGUGUUCUUCAGGAGGCCUCAAGGUUCCUCUCCCCGGAGGAGCAUGUUCUUUGACCCUUGGUGUGAUGAUGUCACUCACGUAUUAAUCCGUCAUUAGGACACUUCAUGAGGACAAUCUACUCACGUUAAAACAAACCUCCACAACCAGGCAGAGAACGUGUCAUCAUGCUGAAGUAGAGCUGUACACGUGGUGUCAUGUGACACCUUCUCCACAACCAGGAAGAGAACGUGUCAUCAUGCUGAAGUAGAGCUGUACACGUGGUGUCAUGUGACACCUUCUCCACAACCAGGAAGAGAAUCAUGUGAUAUGUGACACAACUCGGCUUCAUCUCACUCCACAGAAGGUCACCUGUGGUUUGUUCAGCUGAGGAUUAAUUCUCUGUGUAUGAACACACAGUCUGGACCUUCUCGCCGCCUUCGCGAAGAAGGGAUCCUCUGUUUCAUGAACUUGUUUCUUUAAGUGUCUGAACGUAAAGAAGCUGAACCUCACUCUAGAUGUGAAGGAGGAGGAGGAGCCUUCAUCCACAGAAGACCAUCUCCAUCUUCAGAAGACCAUCUACAUGAGAGUAGAACCUCCUUCUGAUGAGUGUGAACUAAAGCUUCCAUUUAUAUGUGUGUGUGUAACUUCUUCACAGGUUUAAAAACUGACUUAAAUACAGUUAUUCUCAGAGUGUC